UCACUGACAGUUAUAUCAUUAUAAUUAUGAAUGCUUCUGAUUCAGUGUGGUUCGAAAAACGAAGGAGGGCUGACGUUCAUUUGUUUUUAAAAUGGCCCGUCUACUAUGCUUGGGUCUCCUGGCGCUCGUAGCCUCCCCGUUCCUCGGGCUGGCAUACCUCCUGUUCCUGCAGAGUCCUCCUCCGUUACCCGACAUGGAUCUCAACGCGUGGUGGGGACCCAAGGAGCUGAAGACUAAACAGGAUACCAGCAUUAAGCCUUUUAAAGUCCAGUUCUCUGCUCAGAUGGUUCAAGACCUCAAAGAGCGUCUAAAGAACCAUCGUAAGUGGACCCCUCCGCUAGAAGGCGUCGGCUUCGAGUACGGCUUCAACAGCAAACAUCUGGACAGCUGGGUCUCGCACUGGGCCGACAAGUACAACUUCCAGGAGAGGGAGAAGUUCUUCAACAAGUUCCCGCACUAUAAGACCAAUAUCCAGGGGCUGGAUAUUCACUUCAUCAGGGUUAAGCCAGAGGUCCCAGCAGGAGUGGAAGUGGUCCCCAUGCUGAUGAUGCACGGCUGGCCAGGGUCGGUGCGGGAGUUCUACGAGGCGCUACCUCUCCUGACGGCCGUCAGCAAGGACCGGGACUUCGCCAUCGAGGCCAUCGUGCCCAGUCUUCCGGGGUACGGGUUCUCUGAUGCUGCUGUUCGCCCGGGGCUUGGAGCCGCGGAGAUGUCCGUCGUGAUGAGGAACCUGAUGCACCGCCUCGGCUUCAAGAAGUUCUACAUCCAGGGCGGCGACUGGGGCAGUCUCAUUGGCACAAACUUAAUCACGCUGUUCCCUGAUGAAGUCCUUGGCUACCACACAAACAUGGGCGCUGCUAUGUCCACCAAGGCCAACAUCAUGAACAUCAUCGGCAAUUACCUACCUUCCUUCAUAGUGGAGUCACAUUUGGCUGACCGCAUGUAUCCGCUGGCCAUGCACUUCGGUAGACUAUUGGAAGAGACUGGCUACAUGCAUAUCCAGUCUACUAAGCCUGAUACUAUUGGUACAGCCAUCUCCGACUCCCCCGUCGGUCUCCUCGCCUACAUCCUGGAGAAGUUCUCCACCUGGACCAAGAACGAGUACAAGCACCUGCCUGACGGCGGCCUGGACAAGCACUGGAGCAGGGACCAGCUCCUCGACAACCUCAUGUGCUACUGGGCCACCAACUCCUUCACCACGUCUGUCAGAUUGUACUCCGAGACUUUCAACAAGAGACAAUUCGCCUUGCAGCUGCAUGAGAUCCCAACGCCCGUCCCGACCUGGGUGAUUCAAGGGAAGCACGAGAUCGCCUUCGUGUCCGCCAGGAUGCUCCGCACCAAGUUCCUGAACCUGGUGCGCGCCAACCCCAUCGAGGACGGUGGCCACUUCCUCGCCUUCGAGCAGCCGAAGGUCUUCUCUGAGGACGUGCUGCAGGCUGUCGCCGCGUUUAGGAAGCUGAAGAAAAAAGCUAAGAAGACUGAACUGUAGAAGUAGAUUGUUGAAUGUUGAUUCUAGGAUAUGUUGCUAUAGUCUGAUAAGUAAAAUCAGAAGGCUUGGCUUUCUUUUUUCUAAUGAGUCCUCAUGAUUUAAGGGUAAUAGAUUACCAUACGAAAUUCUAAAAGAUUCUUUGAUUACAUAGUCUUAACUACAUGUGAAGUAUAAGGACCUUUUAGAGUUCGAGCGCUACAAAUAUCAUUUUGCGUAAAUCUGUUACAACUGUGAUUAAUAACAAUCUUUGUAUAAAAACUGGUCGAAUUGUUGAAUUUGUUUUUGCAAAUUUAUGGAAGGGUUAUAUUUUUGUAAUAAAUUGCGUUGUUGUG